UGACAUUAGACAACAGUGUAGUGCUAACUUCAAUAAUGCUAUCCAUGAGCUUUUCACCAAGAUGGCGCCGAAAGCAAAGAAGGAAGCUCUUGCCCCUCCUAAAGUCGUAGCCAAAGCGAAGGCCUUGAAGGCCAAGAAGGCAGUGCUGAAAGGUGUCCACAGCCACAAGAAGAAGAUCUGCACGUCCCCCACCUUCCAGCGGCCCAAGACACUACACCUCCGACGGCAGCCCAAAUACCCUCGGAAGAGCGCCCCCAGGAGAAACAAGCUCGACCACUAUGCCAUCAUCAAGUUCCCCCUGACCACGGAGUCGGCCAUGAAGAAGACAGAAGACAACACACUGGUGUUCAUUGUGGAUGUCAAGGCCAACAAGCACCAGAUCAAACAAGCUGUGAAGAAACUCUCUGACAUUGAUGUGGCCAAAGUCAACACCCUGAUCAGACCUGACGGAGAGAAGAAGGCCUAUGUGCGGCUGGCUCCUGACUAUGAUGCUCAGGACGUUGCCAACAAAAUUGAGAUCAUCUGA